AAAACGAAUAAUCCUCUCAAGAUUACACGUAUGCCUAUCUUAUUUGUGUUAUUUUUGGCCUCUUUCUCUCAUUUUUGUUUUCAUGCAUGGAAUUCUCCUCCAUAUAUAUAACACACAAAAAAAGUGAAAGAGAGAGAGAAAAAGGAAAGAGUCUUUGGCUUUCUGUUAUGAUCAUUUAUUUCAUUUAUUUUGUUUCUUUUUUAGUCUCUCAACAAUUUUGGCUUGUUCUAUGGCCAUUUUAGUAGCACCCCUUUGUUCAAAGUUUGAUAUUUUUUUUUUUUUUUUUUUUUGCUUUUUCAUUUUGGAUUCUUGAAAUACUGAACAUUUAAUCAAAAGGGUAUCAGAGAUUACAUAGAUAUGGAAUUCAAAGUGUUAUUGUUUUUGUUGUGUGUCUGAUUUUUACUUCAAAAAAAAAGUGCCACAUCUGACUUAGUUUAUUGUUUUUUUUAAUUAUAAUUCUCUAUUGCUUGAGCAACACUUUGUGAUCUGUGUCACAACUCUAUAGGCCAAAGUUUUGAACUUUUUCCAAGUUUUGUUUUUUUCUUUCUUUUGAUCUUGGGUUUUGCUUCUUGGCUAAGUGAUUUUUUUGGGUGUUCUUGAAAAUGUGGCACUGUUGAUAUGAUUUAAGCUUUGCAAAAUUGUUCACUUCUUGAUUUUCUUUUGAAGUUUGAUUUGCUUUUCAAAUGGAAGAAGAUCAAGAUUUGAAGUUUGUUUGCAAGUUGUGUAACAAAAAGUAUCCUUGUGGUAAGUCAUUAGGGGGUCACAUGAGAUCUCAUGUUCUUGCAAAUUCAGUUGAAUUUGAUGAAAGAGUUGAACCCAAACUUGAAAAGUUGCAAUCAAAAUUUGAACUUGGUGGGCAAUCAGGUUAUGGACUUAGAGAGAAUCCCAAGAAAACUUGGAGGGCUGUUGAUUCAACUUCACCUUUACCUCAAGAUAAAGUUUGUAAGCAAUGUGGUAAAGUAUUUCAAUCACUUAAAGCUUUGUGUGGUCAUAUGGCUUGUCAUUCAGAAAAGUUGUUAAUGGAUAGCAAUUCAGAUAGUGAGGCUGAUUAUGAAGAGGAGACAAGUAGAUCAAAGUCUAAGAGGUACAAGAGAAUUGUGGUUAAGUCUUCUAAUUACUGUUUAGUGAAUAAUAAUAAUAGUAAUACUGUUAAUAAUGGUUCAUCAUUUGUUUCUGAGAUUGAUUAUGAGCAAGAUCAAGAGGAAAUAGCUAAGUGUUUGAUGAUGUUGUCUAGGGAUUCAUGGACUUGUAAUGGUGUUAAUUCAGUUGUUGAGUCUUCUGAUAAUAAUUCUGUUGUUUUAGAGACUAAAUCAUCCUCUACUGACAUGAGAUUUGUUAGAAAGGAUAGGUUGAAAUGUGUUUAUAAUCAAGAUGAAACACCGGCAACCAAGAAAAGGGAAGAAAAUGAAUCCGAGAACUCUGAUUCUGGAUACUUUUUAGAUGAAAAUACUAUAGUUGAAUCGGAUGUCUCUGUCGAUGGAGUCCAUAGAAAUGGCAAUAGCAAAUGGAUCACUUGGAAGGAUCUAACUGAGGGAUGUGAAUAUGAUGAUUGCCCGAUAUCUUCAUAUGCAGAUAAAUGUGAACCAAGAAAGAGGACUAAGGAUAGUUCUUCUCAUCCAGAAUUGGGGAAUAAGUCCUUUAAGAAGAUAAAGCUUGGCCCUAAAAGUCCUGAAGGAUCCAAAGAUAUUCAAAAAAAGAAGUAUGAGUGCUUGAACUGCAAGAAGAUUUUUAGCUCUUAUCAGGCUCUUGGUGGACAUAGACCCUGUCAUAAAAAGACGAAUGGCUAUCUCGAGUCAAUAAAUGGAACUGGUGAAAGUAGCCUUGACGAUGACAAGCAUAGGGAGACAUUUAGUAGUAGAAAACCGGCUUCUGCUAAGAUUAAGCCUAAGAAAUCCAAAGGGCAUGAAUGUCCAUUUUGUGACCGGAUUUUCAAGUCUGGUCAAGCUUUAGGUGGCCACAAAAGGUCCCAUUUUAUUGUUGGUACUGAGCAGAACAUGAAUCAAUCUUCAGUAGUCAAGAAAAACGUCAACGAUUUAAUUGAUCUUAAUCUUCCUGCUCCUGUUGAUGAUGACGAUGAUGAGCAUGCACACCUUGUGUCAUGGUAGUUGGUGAUAAACAAGAAGGACGAUAUUUUGGCUGCGAAAAUACUAGAAUGUUUAGGCAACUUGGCAAGCACAGUUACUUCAUUUUUUGAUAUCAUAGAGAGGUAGUAGUUUCAUUCUUGCUGAUCAGUUGAAAGAACUUCAUACUUCUGUCUGAUUUUUUGGCAUAUCCCAAGCAUAUGCUGUAGUUUUUGCUGGUUAAGAAUAUUCAUUUCUUUAGCUUUUUGAGACAAUCAAAUUACAUCCAUGUCUUUUCUUGGCUCUCUUAUUCAUUUAUAUUAUUCUAAAGCCUAAUCAUUUCUUUUGGUUUUUGCCAUUUGAAGAAGCUAAUCUGUAUUGUUUCCUUCUUUAA